AUGGGGGCUGGGGAUACCACCUCUCUUUGCAGAUUCCAGGCGUUUUUCAUUCAAUGGUUUACCUCUGCAGAUGCUCUUUGGAACUUUUGUAUGGCAUGCAAUGUCUAUUUGGUUUUAUUCCGACGUUACAGUCUGCCGGAGUUAAGAAAGCUGGAGUGGAAGUAUGCCAUAUUAUGCUAUGGUCUACAGUUCGUUCCUGCUUUGGUAUUUCUUUUUAUCAAGACAGCGUCGAGGGGAAGGAUAUAUGGAGAUGCCAUUUUUUGGUGUUGGAUUGGCCGCCCAUGGGGGUUCCUGCGCCUUAGCGUAUACUAUGGUCCCGUUUGGUUCUCGAUUCUCUUUACAUUAUCCGUAUAUACUGCUGCUGGCAUCAAAAUUAUUGUUCAGGAAAGGCGACUGAAAAGCAUUUCCAUAUCCGAUCAACUAAUUUCGGAUUCUACUCCAUGGGAUGCGUCGGUUGACCUACAACUACCUGACGAUCAACAAGCGGGACGUAUCCAAAAAAAUCACCAGGAGGCUAACCUGGCCUCUGGACCCCCAUCGAUAACUCAAAAUCAGGGCUCUCCUGAGAAUACUGAAGCAAGCCAUGAACAGUACCCAGCAUCAUUUAAUGAAAAUAUUUUCGCCGCAGAAUCUUCACGCCAAGUCCGCGAAUCCUCUUUACAAAGCCAACAAUACCAGCAGAGUGGAUCUAACCGUGUUUCAGCUCAUUCGAGAAUUACUGAUGUUGGGGGAUCUUCUCAGUCUACUAUGGACCAGCCGACUCAGAAUCACCCUGAGGUACCUCUUCAGGACCGAGAUGAUGUGAGCCUGGGAUCCUUACUAGAGCUGACGGAAAUGAGGAGACGGCGGCCUUCGGAGACAAGGACUAUCGCUGACCGUGAAAGAGAGAUGAACGUACCCCCUGAACUUAUAACGAACCAGCUUACUCAACCUGAAACAAAAUAUGAGAUUCACCGAAAGGCUUCUGAUAAAAGAAAAGGUGCUCGAGCUUAUGCUAAAUUUGCAUCAAUAUAUUUUGUAUCAUUGAUUGUGACAUGGAUACCAGCCACAUCAAAUCGGGUAUAUAUAUAUCUUCACCCUGAUCACCCUAAAUAUGGACUGCUUAUGGCUGCCGCUAUUGGUUUACCACUUCAAGGGUUUUGGAAUGGUGUCAUAUAUUUUAUUACUUCAAUAAAUGCUGUUAAAGCUAUAUAUAAAACAUUGUCGUCACGAAAGGCUAGUAUUGAGGCGUUGAGAGGCAAAUGGUGUUCUGCGCGCAAGGUCCUUUCGGUAGCGUAUGGAGAAUUCCGAAUGAAACUACCAUGGCAAUAG